CCUCCAAGCACCAAGCUGGCGGCCCCGGAGUCAGGAGACCCCACCGAGGAGUGGGACGAGGCCCGGUUCCAGAAGGAGGUUGAGAGCCUCAAGUACCAGCUGGCGUUCAAGAGGGAGAUGUCGUCCAAGUCCAUCCCAGAGCUCCUCAAAUGGAUCGAGGAUGGGAUUCCCAAGGACCCCUUCCUGAACCCCGACCUGAUGAAGAACAAUCCAUGGGUGGAGAAGGGCAAGUGCUCCAUCCUGUGAGGCCCAGGGCUAGUCUGCCCGCCCUGCCCUGCCUUUCAGCCAAUCAGUGACCAGCCAGCUUCCUUCAGGGCACUUUUAUAAAAGAUAUUAAAGAGGAGAAA